UCUAUAAAAGCAUACCUGGAUCUAUUCAAACCUCAGUCGCAUUCGAGCUUUUAAGCUGUCUCUUUUCUGUCUUUUGUGAGCAGUAGUGAUCAACCACAACAGACAACAUGUGUGACGACGAUGUUGCGGCUCUUGUCGUUGACAACGGUUCCGGUAUGUGCAAAGCCGGAUUCGCCGGUGAUGACGCACCCCGUGCCGUCUUCCCAUCCAUCGUUGGUCGCCCCAGGCAUCAGGGAGUGAUGGUCGGUAUGGGUCAAAAAGACUCAUACGUAGGAGAUGAAGCCCAAAGCAAAAGAGGUAUCCUCACUUUGAAAUACCCCAUUGAGCACGGUAUCAUCACCAACUGGGAUGAUAUGGAGAAGAUCUGGCAUCACACCUUCUACAAUGAAUUGCGUGUGGCCCCCGAGGAGCACCCAGUCCUUCUUACUGAAGCCCCCUUGAACCCCAAGGCCAACAGGGAGAAGAUGACCCAGAUCAUGUUUGAAACCUUCAACACCCCCGCCAUGUAUGUUGCCAUCCAAGCUGUGCUCUCCCUGUACGCUUCCGGUCGUACCACCGGUAUCGUCUUGGACUCUGGAGAUGGUGUCACCCACACCGUACCCAUCUACGAAGGUUACGCUCUUCCCCAUGCCAUCCUCCGUUUGGACUUGGCUGGUCGCGACUUGACCGACUACCUCAUGAAGAUCUUGACCGAAAGAGGUUACUCAUUCACCACCACCGCUGAAAGGGAAAUUGUCCGUGACAUCAAGGAGAAACUUUGCUAUGUCGCCCUCGACUUCGAACAGGAAAUGGCCACCGCUGCCGCUUCCACCUCUUUGGAAAAGAGCUACGAAUUGCCUGAUGGACAGGUCAUCACCAUCGGUAACGAGAGAUUCCGUUGCCCUGAAGCCUUGUUCCAGCCUUCCUUCUUGGGUAUGGAAUCUUGCGGUAUCCACGAAACCGUCUACAACUCCAUCAUGAAGUGCGAUGUUGACAUCAGGAAGGACUUGUACGCCAACACCGUUCUUUCCGGAGGUACCACCAUGUACCCUGGUAUUGCUGACCGUAUGCAGAAGGAAAUCACCGCCCUUGCUCCAUCCACCAUCAAGAUCAAGAUCAUUGCUCCCCCAGAAAGGAAAUACUCCGUAUGGAUUGGUGGCUCCAUCUUGGCUUCCCUGUCCACUUUCCAACAGAUGUGGAUCUCCAAACAAGAAUACGACGAAUCCGGCCCUGGAAUCGUCCACCGCAAGUGCUUCUAAGCAAUUUAAUUAUUGCAUUUCUAAGAUAUUUCUUUACAUGUUGUUUCUACUGUAUUCCAUCUGCAGUACUAAUAAUGCGACCGUGGUUGUACUGCCAGACAGACAUUUUUUACAAGAACACCUUGUAUAUACUUAACAUCUUUUGAACAUUUACCUUAUUUGUUAAUAUUUACUUACUGUAAUUAUACUUUUAUUACAAGGCAGGUCAAUAAAGCCUCUCUUAGUAAUA